GUUUCUGGUUAAGUUGUGGAGAUUAAAUAGCUCACUACACUCUUUACGGAUCUUAACAAAAUUGACAUACAAAAUUUUGGAAUCCCUGGUCUUUUCAUCACGUAGCCAAUAAAAUAUAUAUGCUAUGUGAUUAGAAAUUAUGAUAUUUAUUGUUACAUGUGUGAGCUAAAAUUUGAAAAACUUUUAUAUCUUUAAUGAGAAUGUUAUGUAUAUAUAUAAAUUGGGUGAAGGUUACUCGUAAUGGAUGUUCCUGUAUUACUAAGGUAGAAGUGGCUUAAUUUCAAGCAAACGUCACAAAAGACUCGUUCAAUGCAUGGUAUUAAUUAAGCAAACAAAACAAAUACUCAAAACACACUUUCUAUUUUUAGUAACCACAACUUCCACACACUCUCAGGCCACACACACAUCUUCCACACAUACUCUUCAAAAAUAACUUUUCAACUAAAAACAAUUAAACAAAUAAAUUUCCAUGUCUUUAUUUUUCUAGCUCGAUUGUUUUUCUCGUGUAUGAAAAAUCUCACGGCGGAGAUAAUCCAUCUCCAACCGCCAUAAUGCCGACAAUUCCUUCACCUUUACCGCCACAAGAACAUUACGUGACACCACCUCUCACAGUGAUCUUCACCGUAGUCUUUCUAAUAUUCAUCUUUGUCGGUUUCUUCACUCUCUAUUUCUGCAAGUGUAUUCUCGACACCAUAAUGCAAGCCUGGCAUAUACAUCACAGUGGAGAAACAGAAGCAACCGACAAUCCCCUCCAGCCACCUGAAGCUCCUCUGGUCAAUCCUGGCCUAGACCUUAGAAUCAUAAAUUCUUUUCCUACUUUUCCUUAUUUCUCGGUUAAAGAUCUCCGGGAAGAGAAGUAUGGCCUCGAAUGUGCCAUUUGUCUACUUGAAUUUGACGAAGAUCACGUGCUACGUCUCUUGACAACUUGCUACCAUGUGUUUCACCAAGAAUGCAUCGAUCUUUGGUUCGAAUCUCACAAAACUUGUCCUGUUUGUCGCCACGAUCUUGAUCCCCCUCCUCCCCCGGAAAACACCAGCAAUGUUCUAUCUAACGUCGAUGAGAUGAUCAUCAAUGUAAUUCAAGAAACCAGCUACGACGAUGGCGAUCAACAUCAUCAUCAUCAGACCACAACACCAAUAGAUACUGGGACGUCUUCAGGACAAAGCAGUUGCGUUAACAACGAAAUAUCGAGAAAAGAACAAACAUUGCCAGAAACAUUCUCGAGAUCGCAUUCUACGGGACAUUCAAUAGUGAGAAACAAACCAGAGGAAGAAGAUAAGUAUACAUUAAGAUUACCAGAGCAUGUCAAGAUUAAGGUUACAAGAGGACAUAGCCAAACAAAGAGUUGUGUGACUUUUGCAGAACUUGUUAGAAGAAGUUAUGAUCAUCGCCGGUUUGGUGAAGUCUCCAAUCAAACGGUUGCUACACACUCGGGAGAGUAAAAGAACUUAAGAAAUGAUCAAAACCUUUUUUUUCUCUUACAAGAUAGUUCUUUUAUUUUCUUCUUGUUGUAUUGAUU